AUGUCUGAAGUUGCAACUAAAUUUAUAAAUAUCUUUUUAAAAGAUAAGAAGCGUAUGGACCCUGAGAGAGUAAAGGCCAAAGCUGCGCAGAAGCUAGAGAAACGUUCAGGUAAAAAGACAGUAUAUCAACAUUCACAACCAACGGAAGCCAACGCUUCCACCAUUAUAUACGAAUUUUCAGAGGCCGAGAAAACAUCACCACAAGGCGCAGACACUAUCUCUGCCACACGUAGAAGUUGGUCAGAGCAAAUGGAUAGUGACAAAGAGAAUUUCGUAGGAGAGAGAGAGUUUACCGACAAUUCAUUACUAUCGCAUCCAUCGUUCUUGGAGCCAUCGCGUGUCAAGCGCAUACAAGUUCAAAGUGUAGCAAUUAUAUAUAAUCCAUUCUCUGGUUCCAAGAUUGGUGAGAAGAUCAUGAAUGAAGCCAGAAACUACUUUGAAGUACAUGGUUUGACCGUUCAGAUUAUUCCAACCGAAUACAAAGGACACGCAGAGGAUCUGUGCAGAAACAUCGACGUUACCAACGUCGACGCCAUCUGUUUGGUCGGUGGUGACGGAACCAUUCACGAAGCCGUCAACGGUAUCAUGAAGAGAGAUCCAGAGACUCGUGAGAAGUUUGUUCUCGCCUGUCUGCCAGCCGGUACCGGUAACUCUUUCGUCAUGGAGCUCCAAGGAACUCUGAGUAUCAAGCACAUCUGUGAGAGAAUUCUCAACGGUCUCACCGUGCCAAUCGAUAUAGCCAAGGUUACAUGUGUCAAGAAAGACAUGAUUUCACAAGAGUGCAAUAGAAGAAAGAUGGAAUUCCGUACACUCAAAUCAACACUUGCCAACGUCGAUCUCAAUUCCAGUCAGCUUUCAUCUUCGCUUGACGCCAAGAGAAAGUCAUAUCACGAUCUCAAGACCGUUAGACCGGACAUUCUGAUGGAGUAUGGUGCACAUCUCGCAGAGGAGGAGCACUUGGAGACUCCACCCGAAGUUAUUUAUAGUUUCAAUUCUCUUCAUUGGGGACUCGGUUCAAAAGUUAAUAUCACUGCCGAGAAGAUGCGUUGGAUGGGCAAGGCUGUCAGAUACACUACCGCUGCACUGCUAGAGCUGUUUAAGGGAGAGAAGAUUUUGGCACGUAUCGAGUACGAGGAUGCAAAUGGUGAGAUUUCAGCGUUAGAGGACGAGUUUUGUUUGGCAAUUGUAAAUAAUAUUCAAGGAGCUGCCAAGGGUAUGAAGAUGGCACCAAAGGCCAAGCUGAAUGACGGUCUCUUUGAUCUCAUCCUGAUCAAAUCGUCCAAGACAUUCGAUUUGAUGAACAUUUUCGCAAAGAUUUACGAUGGUACACACACAGAGCUUGAUUUUGUCAUAUAUAAGCAGGUCAAGCGUUUCAGUAUUACACCAUUCAAGAAGGACAAAGAGAGAAAGAAGCGUUUGCACAAAGAGAAGAAGAGAAUCAAAGCCGCCAAGAAGACCGGUCAAGAGAUUGACAAAACACCACUUGAAAUUUUAAAGACCGAAUGUAAUACAAUUUUAUCAGAACUAGAGGAUCAAAUAGAUGAAGAAAUUAUAGAUAUAGACGGAGAGUUGAAAGGUACCACUCCUUUUAUUUGUGAAGUACUCCCUAGAUCGAUCAGGGUAGUUUCUGUCGGAAAGAUUUAA